GCAGCACCGGGGCUCCAGGCAGCCCAUCAGCUCUGCGGACCCCGGCUCUGACACACAUGUUCGCCUCCUCAGCUCUCCAAAGCAUGCCAUCUGAGCGAUAGGCUGCUUCUGUACGGGAGAAGUCUUGUUUCUACCGCCGACAUGAAUGAGAUCAAGGUUGCUGUGCUGGGCAGUGAAGGGGUCGGGAAAUCAGCUCUCAUCGUCCGGUUCCUCACCAGACGAUUUAUUGGGGAGUACGCCUCAUCUUCAGAGUGCAUAUACAGAAAGCGUCUAUCAGUGGAUGGGAAACAGAUCAAUCUCCAGCUCUAUGACCCCUGCUCUCAGGCAUAUGAGGGAAGAUCUACUGUAAACGAGCAGAUCCAAUGGGCUCAUGGUUUCAUCGUGGUCUACGAUAUCAGCGACCGCUCCUCCUUCCUCACCGCCAAAGCCAUAGUACACCUCAUCAGAGAGCUACGCCUGGGAACUGGCAAAAGGAACGUGGAUUCGCUCAUAUUUCUGGUGGGCAACAAGCAGGACCUGUGCCACAUGAGAGAGGUGCGGCGUGAGGAAGCUCAGUGUCUCGCUGCCGAGUGUCGCUGCCAGUUCUACGAGCUGUCAGCCGCUGAGCACCACCAGGAAGUGGCGCUCAUAUUCUUCAAGAUGGUGCAAAAUGCUAACGUGGGCAGCAAGGCUAAGGAGCGCAGGAGACGCCCCAGCGGCUCCAUGGCCAAACUCAUCAACAACGUCUUCGGAAAGAGGAGGAAAUCAGUGUGACGGGUCAAAUACAUGGACAGCUGUCAGUCAAGGCUGGAUCAGUGGCUUGGCUUUGUGUUUCCAAUUGUGUUGGGUGAGAUGUUAAUUAAACUGAUAUCUAUAAGUGUUAUUGUGAGUAGAAGACAUCAUGCUCAGUGAGUCUGCUUGCUGUUAAACUCAACUGAUUCAUGAUUUUGCAUUUUCCUUUCCUGUAGUAUGUUAUAUCUGUGCAUGUAAAUGGUCCACAAAGGCUGAUAUCCCAACGUUUCCAGAAACAGUCGUAAACUCACGUAAACUGGGUUUACUUAAUCUGGUUAACUUUGCUGAGAAAAACAUCCAGGUCAGAUAAAUGUAUGUUCCAGAUUUGAGGUUGCGCUGGGUUUCAUUCACCAGAUAACUUGGUGAACCUGAUAGCUGGAACAGGCCUCGGGUCAUGAAGGACCCUCACAUGAAAAUGUGUUAAAGUGCCUGAGAGAGAGAAGGCAAACCUCUCCUGCUGCAGCCUCCAGAGUUACAGAGAGGCAGGUACCAGUCAAUACAAGAACUAGAGAAAACUGAUGUCUAUAUGGGACUCCAUUCAUGCAACCACUUCUAUUGUGUUUCUGGAAAAGACAAUUGAAUGCUAUUUUCUUUCCUAAGCAGGACAAUUCUACACAGCCAAUGGUUGAGGCUCAUUUCAACCAGAUAAUAAAAGCAAACAAACAUAUGUUUUCAUUUAUCUCCAGUGUUAUUUUUGGGUUUUAUAUGUCCAGAUUUUCAUAUAUUAUAUGCCUUUAGGGAUUACUAAACACCUUUUUUGGAACACAAUGGAGGUCAAUGAAGCUCACUGUAAAACAUUUUUUGUAAGAAAUAGCACAUUUUGCAGGUUUACUAAACUGCCGGACCGUCAGUAUCAUUAUUUCCCACUGGAGAUUAAAACUAACUGAUUUCCUCCUUUCUAGAGAGUCCUGAAAUCCACAUUAGUAUCCUUCUCCAAAUAGUUUAAGGGUGAAUAAAUAAACUAAAAGAAAAUCAUUUGCAGGAGUUAAUUAUAAGAUGUACUUUAUCGGUAAUCC